AUGCCGAAUCUGGACGGUCUGUUUGGAAAGAAGGGGGAGACGGAGGUGAAGACGAGCUCGGAGGUUGAGAGCGAGGGAGCUUCGGAAGAGAAUGUGGCUGAGCCGGAGCCAGAAGUGGUCAAGGAAGGUCAGUUGGUGUGCUUAGAAAAGCCCCCCGAGGAGCUGGACGUGGUGAUCAUUGGAGCAGGACUCGCAGGGCUGCGGCCAGCAGUGGCUCUACAGGAGGCGGGGGUCGCGUGUGUGGAGCUGGAUGUGGUAAUCAUUGGAGCAGGGCUGGCGGGGCUGCGGGCAGCGGUAGCGCCGCAGGAGGAGCUGGAUGUGGUAAUCAUUGGAGCAGGGCUGGCGGGGCUGCGGGCAGCGGUAGCGCCGCAGGAGGUGGCGGACGGGCGUUCAGCCUUGCACUCCCUCUUUUGCUUUCCCUUUCCAUCCCACACUCACAGAGCCCCCCGAGGAGCUGGAUGUGAGCCCCCCGAGGAGCUGGAUGUGGUGAUCAUUGGAGCGGGACUCGCAGGGCUGCGGGCAGCGGUAGCGCUGCAGGAAGCCGGGGUGCCUUGUGUGGUGCUGGAGGGUUCAGACGGGGUGGGAGGGCGCGUGCGCACAGAUGAAGUGGACGGGUUCCUCAUGGAUAGGGGCUUUCAGAUCUUCCUCUCAGCCUACCCCGAGGCACAGCAGGUGAUGGACUACGAGGCGUUGGACCUCAGGCCCUUCUACUCGGGCGCUCUCGUGUGGUUUGGAGGCUCCUUCCACAGGGUGGCAGACCCAUUUCGCCACACCUCAGACGGCCUCUCUUCCCUCUUCAACCCCAUCGGCUCUGUCUUUGAUAAAAUGCGUGUGGGGCUGCUGCGUCUGAAAGCCGUGUCCACGCCCGUAGAAGGCAUUCUUUCAGCGCCAGAGAGCAGCAUUGAAGAGGCGCUGAAGAAGCAAGGGUUCUCCAAUGAGAUGAUCGACCGCUUCUUCCGUCCCUUCCUCGGAGGGAUCUUUUUCGACAACGAGCUCAGCACUUCGUCUAGGUUGAUGGAGUUUGUCCUUCGCAUGCUCGCCCUCGCACCCAACACCCUCCCCUCAUCCGGCAUCGGAGCCCUCGCCUCUCACCUCGCCUCUCGCCUCCCCUCCCACUCCAUCCGCCUCAACUCCCCCGUCUCCUCCAUCUCGCCUGCUGUUCCCACCGACGAAGCUGAUAGCAAAGGUUCGGAAGCUGGUUCGGGUGUGCCGAGCCUGCUGAUGAUGCAGGAUGGGAAGAAGAUUUUGGCCAAGGGAGGGGUGAUAGUGGCAGUGGAGCAACCAGUGGCUGAGAGGUUGCUUCUAGGGGAGGGCGGUAGCGACAGCAGCAGCAGCAGUAGCAGCAGCAGCAGCAGCGAUGACACAGCUAGCAGCACUUCUGCUACGGCCAAUCAAGAGCCCCGCAGCACAGUCUGCCUUUACUUUGCGUCAGACUCCCCUCCCCCUGUCUCCGAGCCCAUCCUCUUUUUAAACGGCUCCGGUAGCGGCAUUGUCAACAAUCUCUGCUUCCCCAGCGUAGUGUCCCCCUCCUACGCUCCUCCUGGCAAAACACUGGUUUCGGUGUCCCUUGUAGGAGCCUAUGAGGACCGGACCGAAGCUGAACUCGAGGCUCGGGUUCGUACGGAGCUGGCGGGCUGGUUCGGGAAGGAGGAAGUGGAGGCUUGGAAGAUGCUCCGGGCAUACAGGAUUCCGUUUGCUCAACCGGGGCAAAGGCCUCCCACCGACUUCUCUGGGGAAGUGGAAGUGGAGGGGAAGGAUGGAGUGUAUGUGUGCGGGGAUCAUAAGAGCUCCCCCACAUUCGAUGGAGCGUUGGCUUCUGGUAGAAGGGCAGCAGAAUCUUUGCUGGCUCAAAGAGCGUGA